AUGGACCAUACGAAAGGCAUAACUGGAAUUGGCUUUGACGCUGAAAUAGGCAUGUUUCAGGCUUCCGAUGAAUGGUGGGAUCGUAUGGAACUGAUAAAUAAGAGUUGUGCAAAGUUCAGGACUAAGACUUUGGAGCACCGGGAGUUGAUGGAGAUUGUCUUCACAGGCGCAGCUGCAACAGGAAGACAUCAUUGGACACCGGGGGAAAGGACUAUCGAAGAUAACAAGGGAUCUUCUAAUUCAGUUCAAAGCCUUGGUAUGCGGCCUUUCACAGAUCUAAUCCCUUCUGUUGGUAUUGGCGUAGAUGCUAAGUCGUCAAUGGAAGGUGUUGAACCUGCGGUUGACCCUGGCGCAAAAAGGAAAAGAAAUACUCCCGCAAGUUCAGGAAAGUCGAGAAAGCCGACUAGUGGAGCAUCUGCCUUAGCUGACAGCGUUAACAAUCUGAGCAAUGUCGUUCGUACUAAAAACCAAGAAGUUAUUGUGAGGCACUUAACUGGGAAUGAGUCCUUGUACACCAUUUCAGAGUGCAUGGACAGGUUGAAAUCCAUUCCUACCUUGGUCGGUACACCGUUGUUUCACUUUGCAUCAUCUCUUAUGGACAACGCUGAUUAUCGAGUGGUUAUGAUGUGCCAGCCCGAUGAUGACCAUAUUAUCAGGUGGCUUACGCAUAAGCAACUACAAAGCAGCACUGCAGCUCCAUUUGCGAACCUUUUUAGUGCACGGCAGGAUUUCAUCGGCGUGAUCGAUGGCACGUAUGAUGUUGCGAAAGUGACGGGGCCUGAGGCAGCGACCUAUUUUGGACGCAAAUACUGUCACACACAAAACAUCAUGGCGGUUGUUGAUUUCGACAUGUGUUUUAUGUUUGUAUCACUUGGAUGA